AUGUCAGAUCUCGGCCCCUUAGAAUUGGACUACCUAGUAGAAACACUCAGAAAUCCUCCUGCAGGGACGUCUGUCCGAAAUGUGCUCUCUUACUUGUACAAUUACAUUCCUUACGUGAAACAUGAACACAACCUUAAAGUGGUCAUUUCAAGUUUCCUCAACAAUCCAGUAUGUUUCGGAGGAACUGUGCCGCACUUUGAAGACUCAUAUCUUAUUGUUGAGGUUAUCAAGUUAAUAUUCGAUAAGAAAAUCAAGGUUUCUAGACCAACGUUGCCUAUUCAGAGCUUCUACGAGAUAGUUUUGCGAGAACUCAAGAGUUUUGUUGCAUUUGACCGUAUGAGAAACAGCUGGAAGGUUCUUCCAAUUCUUACGGGCAUGUCACUCUCCACUGGAUUACGGGACGACUUGUAUCCAAGUUCGCUUCCAGUCUUUUUCUCGUCAUUUGACGCUUGUGAUCGUUCUGCGGACAGGCUUUAUCGAGAAUGUCUCAAACAAACUUGCUAUUUCAAUCAUUCUCAGGAGAAUAUAAUGAACAUGGCAUUGCUCACAUUGGCGCUUAAAUUGAGACCAGGUGAGGGUUUGGAAACGUACAUAACUCCAGCGGAAUAUCCACAAUUCUUGUCAAGAGCCAUCUAUUUGAUGUAUGGACCUCAAGGAUAUUGCCAGCAGUAUCGUAUAUUUGGUGAUCUUGGUGCGAACGAAGAUGAUUUGAUCAAUGUGCUCCUGAACCCAGUAAUGAAGCAUAUCAAUAAGUUAUCUUUAUUGGCGGAGCAAUUAUUUGCUCAAUUAUCGCAUAAACCUGAAAAUUAUGAACUUAUUUCUCGCUCAACGGAGACUCUUUUGUCGUUCAAUUUAACGCUCAACAAGUUUGUUCAAUCUCACGUACAUCUCGACAGAAGUGCUGAUUCAAACCCUGAGUUAAGCAAGUACUGGUUCUACAUGAAGAACAUAUUAUUCUCUCAAGUUAUACUUUUCCAAGGAAUCAUUUCUCGCUUCGUGGAGUCGCGAAACGUGGGUAUGAUUCGUCAACUAUUCUCCCCCACCACAUAUACCUCUUUGACUGAGCAACGCUACACAGAUAUUUGCUACAAGAUCCUUCAGUGUUUGUACUACACUAAUUUUGUUUUAGUAUCUAUUGGUCAAGGUGGCUUUGAUGGGUACAACUUCAUAUACUACGUGAGUUUAGAGCUUUGCUGCAAGAACAACACAAUGGAGAGAUUCCAGAUGUUCUCCCGCUAUUUGAUUGGUAAUAAUGAGGUCAACACUCAUCAUUCCUCCCUCAAUCGAAGUUAUGUUGCGCGGUGCAAGGUUUUGUUCGUGCUUGGUUUGUUUGAGAGCUAUUUCCAACAAAAUGCCUUCCAAGACGACCGUUAUGAGGCUUUUAUUUAUGAAAUUGCCUUUGAUUUGUCUGAGAACCCAUUUUUAUUCGACACACAUGUCACAGAGGCUGGUCACUCUGUACUUUUGGCAUUCUUCUCCAAAACCAAAAGCGGUCGUGCUGGAAUUGCAGAUGUUUUGAGAUACUUCGAGGUCUUGGUAGGACAAUUUCCAACCAAAAUUUCUGCUACCCAAUUGAGCACUGCUGUUGAGACUUUGGGCAAGAAGAUUAUGAGUAGUCCAAUUGUCUAUGAGAAUGGCUACCAUAAGACUCUGAUAGAACAGUUUCUCCAUUUCAUCCACUUCAAAUGUAUGAAUGCUCCAAGCGGGGUGUCCAUCGCUAAGGCAGGUAAUGAUAUGUUCUCAUCAGCUUUGCCUAUUCCCAACACCGAUGCCAACUCUACCGUAUCACAACUACCAGACACGUCCAACACGAACAUUGUAGAGGAAAACAAACACAAGAAAUUCAAAGACAUGCCAGUCAUUGACGUUGUGCUGUUCGACUCCAAAAAUGCUCGAGAUCACUUUACUAUACGACAAGCGCCAGAAACAGCCAAGGAGGGGCUUAUACUCGCGUUCUUGAAUGUGGUACCAUACGUCCCACUCAAUAUUUUUGAAGAAUGGCUCCAAAAGAUAUGGACGCUCAUCCUUUCUAGCAACACCAGUGAGCGACAAUUCCUCGCGGAUAAAUUCUGGGCCAUUCUUAGUGAAAACCUCGACCUCAAUCGCUGCGAAGUGGCUUACAGAUGGUGGUAUGAACAAAGAAAGAACGUGGAACACAUGAAUUUAGAAAUCGCAAAGUUGUGA